AUGUUUUCGGCAGCUCAUUUAAUAUGUUUCGCUACAUUGUUUGUACUAAGCAGUAAUGCUGAAUUCACAACCGAAGAUUGUGCAUCGCUUGGAUUUAUCAAAGCGAACCUGCUAUGUUCGUCCUGCGAUCAACUGAAAGAUUUCGGGUUAGAACAGAUAUUGGCUCAUUGUAAGGAGUGCUGUCAUCAAGAUGAAAGUGCACCAAAAGAAAAGAAGUAUGCUCGCGCUAUACUUGAAGUUUGUACGUGCAAGUUCCCGGCGUAUCCACAAAUCCAAGCAUUUGUAAAGAGCGAUAGACCGGCCAAAUUUCCUAAUCUACAAAUUAAGUAUGUACGAGGUCUUGAUCCUAUCAUCAAAUUGUUGGAUAAAGAUGGAAUUGUAAAGGACACUGUGGCUAUAGAAAAGUGGAACACAGACUCAGUAGAAGAAUUCUUAAGGGCUCAUCUUGAAAAUGACAAUGAUGACGAACAUGAUUAUUUGAAAACAAACAAAAUUUGA